AUGCCGGACACACUCUCCCCAGCGGGGAGCAGUACGUAUGCAUCGGAUACAAUGUACGUUGGAGAUGGAACGUGGGAUAGUACGAGGAAUACGUUCUUGUUGCCGAACUUGAUGGGCCUCAAUUUCGAUACUAUGCGAUACAAUGGUAUGGGUAAUCGAUUCCGAGACAUGGACGGAUACCAUUCGAUGAUAGUUGCGCACGGCGUAAUUGCGACAAUUGUUUUCCUCGGUUUCGUACCGGCUGCGAUUAUGAUAGUACGAUAUUAUUCGUUUUACGAUCGCUACUGGGCCUACAAAUAUCAUGUAUGGCUCCAGGUGUUGACCCUGCUAUUGUCAACAGUCGUGUUUGUAUUGGGAUGGUUCGCAGUAGGACCGCAAAGAAGUCUUACCAAUCCGCAUCAUGGAAUUGGCCUAGCACUAUAUGUUAUGGUGAUCUUUCAGGCGCUCUGGGGUUGGCUCUCACGAAAGAUUGAGCGAGGUAGAAGACAUUACCGUUCGCCGUUGAUAUUAGUGCUCCACCGUUGGAUUGGCUGGGCUACAGUACUUCUUGGCUUUGCCCAGAUUCCUUUGGGAUUGACUCUAUAUGGGUCUCCGAAAUCCUUAUUCAUUCUCUUUGCAGUUGGAGCUUUCUUCUGGCUUGCAAUGUUCUUCAUCUGCUCUUACAUCUACGAUGAAGAUGGAGUGUACUAUGGCCCUGAUACAGACAGCCGCGGAAGCUACGUAUCUGGACCGCCACCCAAGGAAGAGAGGCGUCAUAGUGAUUUUGGGCGCAUGGCAGGAGCCGCCGCUGCAGGCGCUGGGUUAGCAGCCCUCUUUUCGCGCCGAAACCGCCAUCAUGAGGAAAGCGAUGUCCAUAGUUCUCAAUACGAUGAUAAAUACUCAGAUGAAGGACGCCGUCCCAAUUGGACCAAGCGGGUCCUCGAGAUUGGUGCUAUUGGCGGUGGGCUUGCAUUAGCAAGAUCAAUGUUUAACAGAAGACGAGAAAGAGAAAGUGAUAACGAGUCUGGCCGAUAUCGUCCGACACAUGGCCAUAGUGAUAGCAUGACCGAGGACACAGUGAGCAGGGUGGAAGAAGGCCGUGCGCCUUCUGCGACGCAAGGGCCUUAUAUGCAUCCUGCUAGACGCCAGAGUUAUAGCUCCAUGGACUACAGCUAUUACACACAAACGGACGAAGGACACGGUGAACAAACCGGCCAGGGGCAUGGUGUGCGCAAUGCUAUUCUAGGAGCCGGUGCAUUUGCCGCUGUUCGAAAUUUGUUCAGACGACGAAAGGACGAUGACGAACAACGGCGCAUUGACGAGAUCAAGCGUCGAGAUAUGGAAGAAGAAAGGCUGGCCCGAGCGAAUAGCAAGAAAAAGUAUACAGGCGAUGGUUUUUUCCCACGAAGACAACGGCCGUCGCAAUCAGUGCUAUCCAGCGAGAUGACCUCGGACGUAACGCCACGUCCGCCGCGUACACCCCAUCCCGAAGAUGAAACUGUUAUGACUGGUGGCAUUGUCGAUGGUACAGAAAGUGUAAUACCUCCGGCUGCCCCGUCACACCGUAUUGUCUCUGGAAGUGCUACUGGCACAGAUAUUGAAACCGCCGCCGCCGCCGGGGCUGUUGCAGGGGCCGCUGCAGGAUCAGCAAGCCGGCACCGCCGCCGCAGUGGCAGCGGUAGUGGCAGUCGAUCAAGGAGGAGUGAUCGCCGCAAUGAAGUGUCAUCACCGCCAGUAUCGGUCAAAGUCAAGAUGCACAAUGAUGGGCGGCAUGUCACUCUUCGGAAGUUGACGGAAGAAGAGGCAGCCGCCAGCAGAGAAUCGAAACGUCGAUCAAGAGAGCGUCGGGAUCCACGCAGACGAGGUAGCGCAAGUUCUCUCUCGGGAGGUGAAGGGGCUGGCUCAGACAGGUGGCGACGUGUUGAGGAGAUGGAGCGCCAGCAAGCUGAGCAUGUACGGCGAGAACAAGCGGCGGCUCUGGCUGCUGAGUCUGGAGCAGCAGCAGCAACUAUGCCUCAUCCUCCACCACCCGUACCACUUGCGCCGCCUGUACCGCCUGCAGCAUCCUUCCACUCUGGUGCACCGCCGACAGCAUCAUAUGCUGCCACCAGUCAAAUAUCUGUUCCUCCACCUCCUCUAGCCCCCCCUCCACCUCAACAUCUAACCUCCCAAGCCUCACACGCAGCGACUAGCCAAAUGUCCAUGUCACAGCGUCCUCCAUCAAACAUGCAGCACUAUCCCCCUACCGCAAGUCAACAAUACCCGCCAACCGCUAGCAUCACAUCUCCUACUUGGACAGGCACUGAAGCAAGCGCAGAUUACGCCAGUAACAGAAGAAGACGUCGAGCAGAGCGAGCUCAGACACGAGCAAGACAACAAGCGCAGCACAGCGUUGAAUUUACUUGA